UUAGUGCCUCUCGAGGGUAAAAUACGUUAUCUACUAUGGUCCGGAAAUGUUAGUUGCGUAAAUAACGUCUAGAACUGACCAUUAGUUUAGCCAUUGAAGGUCUCGCUGGUUUGCGGCGUCUCCAUCGGUUCGGGAAUCUGCUGUGGAGGUAAGGCGCCAUUUAAGGCCUCUUGAUUAUUGUUUCCUCUUAGAUGCUUAGGUUGGGUGUAAAGGGGGUAGUGGUUGAGCAAAACUAGGGUACACCAGCUCGGGGAAAGAGUUUGAUUCCUGCCGUCGGCCGGGUCACUGGGUUAGUCGUCCCUCCACGUCGACGCGAGUCCGCCAUCCGCGGUAUCCAUACUAAAACCGCCCGUCCACGCCGGAAGGAUUUCGGAUAAGUACCACGUAGUGGUUUUGCUAUUACCACCAGAUUUACCGGGUUACUGCUCUUCAUUUAGCCAACACUGAGCUAGCGCGAUAACUGUGGUUGUAUCCACUAGCGAUAAUAAUUUGUGAUAUUCGGAUCCUCUUGUAUUUAUUUAUUUAUUUACUGUUUGCGCAGCGCUGGUGCCUACUAUUUAGUGUUAUUGUUUUUUUUUGUAGUUGUCGAAACGAUCUGGCGGGUAGUAAUUGUUGAUUAAUAAACGUAAGUGAUAACUUUUAGCAAACUACCUGGCUCCCACAAAAGAAAAGUCAACGAAGUGUUCGUAUAAAUAAAUAAAAAAAUAAUAAUAAUAAUAAUAAUAACGUAAAUUCAACGAACCACGGCACUCAAUUCGAGCAAUUGCCUACUUGCCGUUCUUCAACCCACAAUAAAAUAAAAUAAAAGAUCCGAACCAGACUAAAACAACCCACUGGAAGGUAGCUGACGACCAAAUUUUUUUCCGUUUUAUUUCAGGUGUAUGAAAUACAUCUUCUUUUAUAUCGGAGACCACUAGGACAUUGGGUCGAUGUUACAAUCCAUCUUGCGAUAUAUCGAACAUAUAUAUCGAUAUUUUUAAAAUAUCAUGGCGAUCGUUGUCGUCGCGCAACCUCUAACUACUAGCCCCGAAUCCAUCGCUCAAUGACGACCGAUCCGGGUACCAAGAUGAUUCGAGAUCGUGAACCUACACCGUCGACCUUCGAUGACUACCAAACCUACCUUCGUCGUGUAUCCCCGCCAGGGAGCCCGUCAAUCAAGAAGUGCUGUUACGACCACAAGGAGAGCUACGCGAAAGAACCAGCGUUCUUCUGUUGCUGCUACUCUUGCCCUGGACCUAAAUCUGCGUCCCUAUUGGCCACUUUUGGGGUGUGCUGCCUGGUGCUGUGUUACACCCUUAUAGGAGCCUUCACCUUCAUGGCGUUAGAAGGCGACUUGUACCACGACACGGCAGUGGCGGCGUCGAAGACUAAUCCCGAGUACGACAAUACCGCGUUGGCCAACUUGAGGGCGCACACUGUCAACAAAUUGUGGAGCAUCACGGAAGACCUGAACAUACUGUACAAAGACAACUGGACCAAGCUCGCUGCCGAUGAGGUGUUGGAGUUUCAAGAGCAGUACUUCAUGGAGCUGCGUAGGAGCGGGUACGGCGUGAGGGCGGGCACGGUGGCCUACUACCGGAACCAGUCGCAUAAGUGGAGCUUCAGUUCGAGCUUUUUGUAUUCGCUCACGUUGAUUACGACGAUAGGUUACGGCUCGAUAUCUCCGAGGACUGCAUCGGGUAAACUCGUAACCAUCAUCUAUGCCCUGAUAGGGAUCCCGCUAAUGCUCCUCUACCUUUCCACUACCGGCGACCUGCUCGCGAGGAGUUUCCGCAAGUUGUACGGAAAAAUGUGCGGCAAAGCCGUCGAUCAGAAACCCCACCAACUGCAGCAGCAGAGGUGCCCGUGUGCUAGCACUGUCAAAGUACCCGUCACUUUGUGCCUGAUCAUGGUACUCGCAUAUAUCUGUUCAGGGGCGGUGCUGUUUCAUCGGCUGGAGAACUGGUCGCUACUGGAAGGUAGCUACUUUUGCUUCACGAGUUUGGGGACAAUCGGUUUCGGAGACCUACUGCCCGGACAAAGAACCGAGGAGGUAUCCCUAUGCGCAUGUUCAGCGUAUAUUUUGACCGGAAUGGCCCUGGUCGCCAUGUGCUUUAGUUUAGUUCAAGACCAAGUCGUCGGUCUAGUGAGGUACCUUGGCGGCACAUGCUCCAAAAAGGACUUGAAAAUGAAAGACGAAGAAUCAGCUGGCGUAUUGCAAGGCUCCUGACAGAGGCCCACCACGGAAGGCGCAGCGCCUUCCUCAAAAUUUACUUCGCUUGGGGGCCGCAGAUCUCCCAACAUCUAUCACCACAACAGCUUGCCCAGGAAGGCUAACUUCCAACGGAAUACACCUGCGAGAAGAUCGGCUGCUGGACUUGGUGCCGAGCCCCUGAUUGAAUACUUCGUUCCUAGAAGCGUGAGUGAGUUCGAUCUGUCAACGGCAGCAUCCGAAUCGCCCCCGGUGCCGAAUUUUCUGCCCCUGACCGUACGGGCGCCUAGAAAAAUCACCUCCAACUCGACGUGCAAGCAAAAAGAGAAGAUGGUGACGUUCGAGGACGAGAUGGCGUCGAGGAUAGGCAAACCUGUAGAGCUUCAGGACGUGUUCAUGUGACAAAAGGGGUAGCAGUUAGCGAAGGAUGUGAAGCUGGCCGAUUUAAGCACCACGGUCAAGAGGGAACUGAAGCAGCUGAAGAACUUUAAGUUGUGUGAAGACCUGCAAAAGUGCGAGGACAACUGCUCGUGCAACGCGGACUCAGACUGCGACAUUUGCAAAGUGUUAGACUUUACGAGCAAGAAGGAAAAGUUAUAGUGAAUAACGGUCCUCUUGGACAACGAGAACGAAUGGUGCGACACUGCCGAAUAUCAAUUUAGACGUGAGCACUGUGAGAUUAAAGACGCGAGAGUCGUUACCAACUGAUUUUUUUAUACAAAAAGUGUACAAAGAUUAUCGUAUAGCCGUUUUUCCCAACUGUCAGUCACCUUCCAAGUCUGUUCCAUCUCUUUCCCCGCUGAUUCUGUCAUGUUCUUUCCCGGAGGUAUUCAAAUACACACUGUAAGAGUGUUCUGCAGCUUCCCAAAUAAUGUUUUACAAAUUAGCCUGUUUUGUUAAGUAUAUUUUGAACCCAGGUCUCGAGUACUGCACGGUUACAAAACCACCACCACACACUACGUGAAAAAUGGCAAACACGCGUUGCUGCACCAAAUUUUCAUACACCAAAUCACCAGAUCACAAACUGUACUGUGUCAACCCUUUUAACCACAUUUGCCGCCGGAAUGUAGGUUUAACGUGUAAAUACUGUACCAUAGUCGAUGGAACCAGCCGAACUGUUUUUUAUUAUCCACUGUGUUACACACGAUUGAUAUCACUAAAGGAAACCAAAGUUAUUGUUAAAACUGUGAACCUAUAAAAAUAAAUUUAUUUAAUGACCCGUUGUUUUAUUUCUACAUCUAAUGUAUUAGCAAACUAAUUAAAUUUAGGAAAGCAUUAACUGGAUUUCUACAACUCAUGUUUUGAGCUAACUAUAAGAAGCCGUUUCCCACUACUAUUAGUAAUAUGUGGCGUCCUGCGAAGGAGAUUUAUGAUAUAAACUGUCUGCACAGUUAAGCCUGGUAGACUCAAUGCAACUUCUAUAUGUAAAUAUUGAAACGUGUCUACUAACAAAUUGCAACAAAUUUAGAAUAUAAAAUUUGUAACAAAUCAAAAACUAAACGCUUUUUCUAAUUUUUAUAUUGGCAACAUAAGUCUUUGUUGUCUAUGGUGGACCAAAAACGUCAUUUUCACAUCUUUAUACAGCCAACUUCAGAGCAGUGCAACCAUUUUUAUUUUCCUGUGUCGGCAUUUGUUUCGAUUAAUUAUAAAAUGGGAAGAACAUAUAAAAGAAAAGAGGGUGCAAAACCGCGUAUACGUGUUGACCCACAAAUUCUUUAAGAAGCUAUUAAGAAGGUACACACAAAACUCCUACAAAGAGAGUUGCUCCAGCAAGUCCACAAGUCCAAGACUCCUGAGGAAAUAAAACCAUUCCCGAGAGCUGGUUGCGGAAAGGUAACCCAGAAAGGUCGUAAAAAAUGUGUUGUGAUUACUUGUCAUAUUCCACUGCAAGAAAAGAAGAGGAAACGGUGCAGAAUAGAACCUAACCCAACAUGAGAGAGAGUGUUAAUUUAAGAUCAGUGUAUUUGUUAUUAAUAAAGUUAUUUUAGUUUAAUACAUCCGUGUGUUCAUAAAUUCACAACAGGUUAUGGGCCCAGAACCACGUAAUAUGUUGACGGGCGGAAGGUAGAUAGAUAAAAUUUGAAAGAAUUUUUUUUUGGGCACGUGUAUUAAAUUUGUAAGCCAACAAAUGAUACUUGGAACGCAGGAAAAAGAAUAUUACGUUAUUUAAAUACUACUAAAUUUAAAGGAUCAACUUUUGUGAAAAAUGAAUCAAACAAUGACAAAGUAAAAUUAAAAGCUUUUUCAGAUUCAGAUUGGGCAUCAGAUAAACAUGAUCGGAAGAGUGUAAGUGGUUGCUUAAUUUUACUUGGUAACAACCCUGUAUGCUGGUUUUCAAAGAAACAGGGAUGCGUUGCUCUUUCUACCGCCGAAGCGGAAUAUGU